AUGACCGUCGACGACGGCGGCGGCUCGGACGAGGAGGACGAUGCCGUCGUGGACGCCCGAACCGAGCGUCGCGAGCGCGCGAACCCGCUCGCCGAGCUCCGCGCCUUGAGACGCACGUUCGGUGACUCGUUGCUCAAGUUUAUAUUUUCAGUGAUGUUCGGUCUCAAGGGGGCGCUCAUGCAGCUCAUAGGGACGUCUGCGCUGCCUUACGCGCAGCAAUACUUAAAGUUUACCGCUGUACAGAUGCAGCGAUACUCCAUCGUCGCCAUGUUUCCGUGGACGGUGAAACCGGUGAUGGGCAUGGUGAGCGAUUUGUUCCCGAUCGGCGGGUAUCACAAGCGGUACUACAUCGUGGGGGCGUCCGCGAUCGGCUUCGCGGCGAUUUGUUACUUAGCAGGGACGGAGAUGCGACCGGGAAUGGGGAUAUCGUACGUCAUAGCCCUGGUCGCGAUCAACACCCAGGUAGCGACGGCGGAUUUGUUGACGGAGGGAGCGUACACGGAACGCAUGCGAGAGAAACCGAAGAGAUCGAGCGAUAUGGUGAGCUUUGUGUGGUUAUGCAUCACCUUGGGAUCAAUUUUUAGCACCGCGUGCAGCUUCUUUUCCAUCAAGUACAAGGACUAUCGCUCGAUGAUGUUUAUUGCGGUGCCACUGAGCGCGCAGGCGCUGUACACCUCUUUCGCCGGGUGGCUGCCCGAGAAGAAGGUAGGAUCGAGCGAGGAGAGCGAAUCGAAGGACGCCGAGAGUGCGUUAGAGACGGGAAAGAAGGAGUAUGGGGAAGCUUUGUGGCGAGAAAACUGGAGAGUGUUCACGCUUUCGAUCUUCAUGGCACUCAUGUGCUUGCUCAUCGCCGGCGUGCAAUUUUUUGAACUGGAGAACAAAUAUGUAGAUUUGAUCAUCACAGUCAGCAUCACGGUGAUACUGAGCAUCUGCAUUUACGCCGCGUUACCACGACCCGUCGCAAACGUGACGUUCUUUUUGUUUCUUACGAGCGUCACCAGCGUGUCGUUCGGGAGCGCCAUGAGUUAUUGGUUCACGGUGGGCAACAAGUGCAAUCCGGGAGGACCGCAAUUUGACUACCUCUUCUUCUCCGUGUAUACCGCCAUCAUCGCGCGCGUGUGUACAGGUAUAGGUGUGUACUUGUUCCAGGUGUUCUUCUCGAACGCAAACGUCCGGUUUACGUUCUGGAUGUCGGCCAUUCUGAGCUCGUUUGCGAGCCUCGGUGACUAUGCCAUGGUCAAGCGUUGGAACUUAGACUGGGGCAUCCCGGACAAGACGUUUUAUUUAGUAGGCGACACCAUCUUGGAGCCGAUGGUUGGGAUGAUGGCAGCAAUGCCGAGCGUGGUGCUGAUGUCGAAGAUGUGCCCGAAGAAUAUGGAAGCGACGAUGUUUGCCAUUUUAGCGAGCUUCAACAACCUCGGGAGCUCGCUAUCGUCAGCGCUUGGUGUCUUCGCGAUGGACUACAUGGGCAUCAAGACGGACAUCAUGAAAGAGGGAAUCGAGGGUUCUUGCGAUUUCUCGCAACUGCCGAAUCUCAUCCUGUACUUUGGCAUGCUCAUGCCGCUCACCGCCAUACCACUCACGUUCAUCUUCGUCCCGAACAUCAACAUGCAGGACACCGUGAACCUGGAAACGGGCAGACCCGAGAAUGACGAGUCAAACUCCGAGCGUGCGCCCUUGUUAGCGAAGUAG